CGUAUGGAUGGCAAAAAAGAAUUAAAAGGAAGUGCUAAGAAGAAAACUACUAGUUUAGAUGCAGUUUUAUCAAAUAUGGCUAGACAUCAGAAAUUAGACAAUAUGCUUGAUGAAAAAUUUGAUUCAUUAUAAAAUAUAAUUUUUUAAGAUUUUAGAAGCUGAUAUAUAUUAAACUAGACAUAUGGGUAUUCAAAGAUUUUCUAUACCAAUGGACAAAAAUAGAAUAAAAAGCCGCCUGGGUUGCUCUGUAUGUAAAAAAAAAAUCAAUAAUGAUACUUCGAUUAAAAAUUCAUCAUCAAAACCCUGGAUUGAUAAAAGAAAUUUAGAAAAUAAUGUUUUUGACAAAAAAUGUAUUAAUUGCGAUUAUAAUGAAUUAACACCAACUAUUAAAUUAAAGACUAAAAUUAAUGAAUGUUACUGUAAUCAUAUGGAACAAUUAAAAAAUGAAUCAUUUCCAAAAUUAAUAUGUUCAAAGCGUUUUAAGACUCCACAUUUGACUGAUGUUAAUGAAACGUGGUUGAAUGAAAUUAUUGAGUUCAGACGUCAAAAUUGGUUUGAUUGUCAUGCUGAUUCAUUUAUUGAUAGAUUUUGUGUUCAAAAUAUUAUUCCUCUGAAUAGUUUUAACAAAUGCAAACUAAAUAAUUGUUGUCAUCAAAAUAAUUCAUUAUCAAUAACUUCUACUGAUGGUAAUGAAUUAAGAAAUGAAAAUCCAAUUAUACACAUGAAAAAUACAACUUCAGUUAAAAAACAUCUAAAUGUACAAAAAAAAACUAUUGUUUCUAAAUUUACUGGUAAACAAUUAAAUAAAAAUGCAGUUUAUAAACCUUGGAUACCACCAUCACCAUCAUCAUCAGUUUAUUAUAAAUAUUAAUUUCUUAAUUAAAAUUUAAAAUGAGUAUUGUGGUCUACUUAUUAUAUUUUUAAAUUUUUUUUGUUGGUAAAUUGAAAACUAAUUAUUGUAAAGUACUUAAGUACCUAUAUGCAUAUAUUAUACAACACUUUAAAUAUUGUUGUAAAUUAAUUUUACUUAUUUUUGUAUUUACAUAAAAAAAGAUUGUGCUGCAACAAAUAUUUUUGCACAUUGCACAAUAAUAAUAGGUUUGUUUAUGUAUACAGGGUGAUUUUUUU